CGCAGUCCCGCGCUCCCUCGGCGGCUCCCCCUGGUAGUGCACCCGCCGCGGCUGAGUGUAGCGGCGUUGGCCCGCUGUUCUCCUCCGCCUGUGACUCCUUCGGAGCGCGUUGUGUGCGGUUCUGCGCGCGCCCCUGAGCGCCGGCCGCGGCCGCGGUGGGUUGGUCAGCCCUUCCAGCGUGGAUAACUCGCUCCGACCGCCCGGGGAAAAGAGAGUUUAAUGGACUCUGGAAGUGAUGGUGGUAGGUGGAAUCUGCAGCACGUGAAGAGUUGUCAGUUGUUAUGGGAUUUAAAAAAGAAAAAAAAUCUGUAAUGGCUAAAGGGUUAUCCUAUGAUGAGGCAUUUGCUAUGGCUAAUGACCCCUUGGAAGGUUUCCAUGAAGUAAACCUUGCUUCACCUACUUCUCCAGACCUUCUUGGUGUGUAUGAACCGGGAACUCAAGAGCAGACUACCUCACCAAGUGUCAUCUACCGGCCACAUCCUUCAGCUUUAUGCUCCGCCCCUAUCCAGGCUAAUGCCUUAGAUGUUUCCGACCUUCCUACACAACCUGUGUAUUCAUCCCCCAGACGUUUAAAUUGUGCAGAAAUAUCUGGUGUCAGCAUCCAUGUUACAGACCCAGCACCUUGUUCUACCUCUGGAGUCACAGCUGGGUUAACUAAAUUAGCUACAAGAAAGGACAACUGUAAUGCAGAGAGGGAGUUUUUACAGGGUGCUACCAUAACAGAGGCUUGUGAUGGCAGUGAUGAUAUUUUUGGGUUGAGUACUGAUAGUCUGUCCCGCUUACGAAGCCCAUCUGUUUUGGAAGUUAGAGAAAAGGGCUAUGAAAGAUUAAAAGAAGAACUUGCAAAAGCUCAGAGGGAACUGAAGUUAAAAGAUGAAGAGUGUGAGAGGCUUUCUAAAGUACGAGAUCAACUUGGACAGGAAUUGGAGGAACUCACAGCUAGUCUAUUUGAGGAAGCUCAUAAGAUGGUGAGAGAAGCAAAUGUCAAGCAGGCAACAGCAGAAAAACAGCUAAAAGAAGCACAAGGAAAAAUUGAUGUACUUCAAGCUGAAGUAGCUGCAUUGAAGACACUUGUAUUGUCUAGUUCUCCAACAUCACCUACACAAGAGCCUCUGCCAGGUGGAAAGACACAUUUUAAAAAGGGGCAUACAAGAAAUAAAAGUACAAGCAGUGCUAUGAGUGGCAGUCAUCAGGACCUCAGUGUGAUACAGCCAAUUGUAAAAGACUGCAAAGAGGCUGACUUAUCCCUGUAUAAUGAAUUCAGAUCUUGGAAGGAUGAGCCCAUAAUGGACAGAACAUGUCCUUUCUUAGACAAAAUCUAUCAGGAAGAUAUUUUUCCAUGUUUAACCUUCUCAAAAAGUGAGUUGGCUUCGGCUGUUCUGGAGGCUGUGGAAAACAAUACCCUAAGCAUUGAACCAGUGGGACUACAACCUAUUCGAUUUGUGAAAGCAUCUGCUGUUGAAUGUGGAGGACCAAAAAAAUGUGCUCUCACAGGUCAGAGUAAGUCCUGUAAACACAGAAUUAAAUUAGGGGACUCAAGCAAUUAUUAUUAUAUUUCUCCUUUUUGCAGAUACAGGAUCACUUCUGUAUGUAACUUUUUCACGUAUAUUCGAUAUAUUCAACAGGGACUUGUGAAACAGCAGGAUGUUGAUCAAAUGUUUUGGGAAGUUAUGCAGUUGAGAAAAGAGAUGUCUUUGGCAAAGCUGGGAUAUUUCAAAGAGGAACUGUGAUGCUCUGCCUGGGACCAUGCAUGAACCUCCCUGAAGACCUGGAAAAUGACUGAAUAUUUUUAUGGUUACUUAAUAUUUAUUUCCUUACAAGGAGUGGGUCCAAGAUUUUUUUCCCUCUUUUCCAAAUUACACUGAGAAGUACUGUGAUUUCUUUUAAACUGACCUAUGCUGUGUUUGCUUAUUCUUUAGUUGAACACACUAUAAAGAAUUACAGGUGUACUAGUGAUUGUAAUUUAUAGUUGCAAAAAGAAAGCUAAAUAAAUAAAUAUUAGAUUGAG